AUGGGCUUUUUAGACAAAGUUAAGGAAUUCGCCAGCAACAACGACAAUGGCAGCAGCGACAACAACAACAACAACAGCAGCAGCAAUAGGGACACCUCAAGUGGCAACGAUGACUACUUUUCCAAGGCAGAAGGGUAUCUAGGCCAAGACAGACUGGACCAGAUCAAAUCGAAAGUGGGCAGUGACAACUACGACAAGUUUGAGAAUACUGUGAGAAACCAAUUCUCCAAGACGUCGAUUGACGACAAGGGUGACAGCAACAACUCUGGCAACAAGAAGAGUAGCAACAGCUACGGGGAUUCCAACGACGAUUCUUACGGCAACUCAAACAGCGACACGUACGGAAAGAACUCCGGCGGCGACUCUUAUGGGAACUCGAACAGCGACUCUUACGGCGGCUCCAACAGCAAUACUGAUUCGUACGGUGGGUCUAGCAACGCAUAUGGGUCUAACAACACCUCUUCUGACAAUUCCAACACUUACGGUGGGUCCAGCAACGCAUAUGGAUCUAACAACACCUCUUCUGACAAUUCCAACACUUACGGUACUGACAGCAAUGCAUAUGGAUCUAACAACACCUCUUCCGACAAUUCCAACACCUACGGCACUGACAGCAAGACGAGUGGCUCUCAAGGGGGUGCAUACGACAGCGACAGCACUUACGGAAAGUCUGACAAGAAGGGAAAGAAGAACGACAAGGUAAGUUCUGGAAGCGACUCUUACGGCAACAGCUCCAACGCUUAUGGAAACGACUCUUCGUCUUACGGGAACAACUCUGAUAGCAAGAGCAAGAAGAAGAACGACUCCAGCUAUGGAAGCGAUUCUUAUGGUAAGAGCAAAAAGAAUGACGACUCCAGCUACGGCAACGACGACUCCUAUGGGCAAAGCUCGUACGGUAACGACUCUUCCAAGAACGACGAUUCCUAUGGGCAAAGCUCUUACGGCAACGAUUCUUCCUCCAAGAAGAAAGAUGAUACCUAUGGACAAAGUUCUUACGGUAACGAUUCUUCUUCCAAGAAGAACAAAGAUUCGUACGGACAAAGCUCUUAUGGUAACGACUCUUCCAAGAACGACGAUUCCUAUGGACAAAGCUCCUACGGCAAUGAUUCUUCCAAGACUGACGAUACCUACGGACAAAGCUCUUACGGCAACGAUUCUUCCUCCAAAAAGAACAAGGAUUCCUAUGGACAAAGCUCUUACGGAAACGAUUCUUCUUCCAAGACUGACGAUACAUACGGGCAAAGCUCUUACGGUAACGAUUCUUCCUCUAAGAAGAACAAGGAUUCCUACGGACAAAGCUCGUACGGUAACGACUCUUCCAAGACUGACGAUACAUACGGGCAAAGCUCUUACGGCAACGACUCUUCCUCAAAGAAGAACAAGGAUUCCUACGGACAAAGCUCUUAUGGUAACGAUUCCAAGAACGACGAUUCCUAUGGACAAAGCUCCUACGGCAACGACUCUUCCAAGAACGACGAUUCCUACGGACAAAGCUCUUACGGUAACGAUUCUUCCUCCAAGAAGAACAAGGAUUCUUAUGGACAAAGCUCUUACGGCAAUGAUUCUUCCUCCAAGAAGAACAAGGAUUCUUAUGGACAAAGCUCUUACGGUAACGAUUCUUCUUCCAAGACUGACGAUACAUACGGGCAAAGCUCUUACGGCAACGAUUCUUCCUCCAAGAAGAACAAGGAUUCUUACGGCCAAAGCUCCUACGGUAACAAUUCUUCCAAGAACGACGACUCCUAUGGACAAAGCUCAUACGGUAACACUUCUUCCAAGAACGACGACUCCUAUGGACAAAGCUCUUACGGCAACGAUUCUUCCUCCAAGAAGAAUAACGACUCCUAUGGACAAAGCUCCUACGGCAACGAUUCCUAUGGGAACAAUAACAAUGACUCUUACGGACAGAGCUCUUACGGCAACGAUUCUUCUGCAAAGAAUUCAAACACUUAUGGAAACACUUCAUACGGGAAUCAGAGUUCGAACGACAACUCGAACACUUAUGGAAAUGAUUCUUAUGGCAAUCAAAGCUCUAGUAAUAACGACUCAAGCGCUUACGGAAACAACGAUUCUUACGGCGGAGACAACUCAUACAACUGA